AUGAGUGAUGGGGAUCGAAGCCGAGAUGAUUCACCAGAAGAUCAAGAUCAAUCAUCAAAUAAAUUAACAUCGUGUGAUAAUCAACCUCAACAAUUAUCAAGAAUAUUUUAUAGAACAGCUGAUGUUGAUGAUCCACCAUUUAGUAGACUUUUUUUAUUAAUACCAAAAGCUAUGUCAGAAGAUGAGUUGCGGAAUGCCUUUCAAGUUCACGGAAAAAUUCAAGAUAUCCACAUGGUACGAGAUAGACGAAGUCAAGAAAGCAAAGGUAUUGCAUAUAUUAAAUAUGAAAAAGUAUCAGCAGCUGCUCGAGCUAUGGAAGAAAUGAAUGGAACAGUUAUUUCGCCACAUGUUCGUCCAUUAAAAGCUAUUAUAUCAAGUACACGCCGUGAAGGUAGUGUACGUGAUCCCAAUGAACAUGUAAAAAUGUUACGUUUAUUUGUUGUCAUAUCCAAACAUAUGACUAAGGAUGAUUUACGUAAAGUUUUUCAAAAAUAUGGUUCAAUCAUUAAUAUUAAAGUUAUUAAAGAUAAAUUAACAGCCGAAAAUAAAGGUUUUGCUUAUAUAUCAUUUUCUAAAGCAUCGGAAGCAGCUUACGCACUUGAAGAAUGUGAUCCAAGUUAUAAGCCAAAAUUCGCUGAACCAUUUUCUUCAAAACGUCAUCGUGAUAAUGAAGAUACAUUACCAUCAUCAGGUUCAAUUUAUGGAACUGUUUCACCUCCUUAUCAUCAAACAAUAUCGUCAAGUAAACAACACCCAUCACCAUCAUCAAUUUCAAAUGAUCAUCGACCAUCACCACCUCCAUUACUCCCAUUACCAACAACACGUUUAUCAUCAAAUAAUGAAUCAAAUCCAUCAUUGACACUUUCUCCACUGAACAAUAGUUAUCAUUUGCUAGAGAAUAAUAAUGAACGUCGUUUAAUUGUUCGUUGUGGAAUGACAAUAACUAACUAUCAUGUAUCAAAAUUAUUUGAUCUUGUACCACAUAUGGAAGAAUGCUCAUCAAUUAGUUCAAACACAUUUAAUGAACAUUAUUUUAUUGUACGUUAUAAAUCGUGUCAAUUUGCAACGUAUGCGCGUGAAAAACUGCAUGCAUUUCAAUUUCCUGACGGUGAAAUUUUAUCAGUACAAUAUUAUGAUGAAAAAAUUGUCAACGAUCUUGUAGAUCAAACACAGAAUGUUAAAUACGGGGAUACACCAGGAAUCGGUCAAUUAAUUCAUCAAAUGAGUAAUCUGCAAGGAAUACAAGAAGAAUAUGUAGAUUAUUGUAAUGUUCCAUUACCACCGAAACAAAAAUACGCUUCAUUUGAUGCACCAGUUGCCAAAACUCUGCAUAUAAUACCUCAACGUCCAAUAUCUGAAGAUUUCAUUUGUGAUAUAUUUAAUCGAUUUGGAAAUUUAAUCGAUGUUCGGACAAUAGAUCCACAAUUAUGCCAUGUAAUGUUCAGUGAUGAACGCAGCGCCAAUACAGCGAUGGAAACCAUGAAUGGACAAGAGAUUGCAUUUGUUCGUAUACGUAUCAUUGGAAGUGAUAAAUCUGUUGCAAAUCGAAAACGCCAAAAAGUGUGA